AUGGCAUUGACAGUGAUUGGAGGAGCAAACUUCUUACUCCCCCCCCCCCUCCGUGAGCGAACAAAAAAAUUUUGUUCGCUCACGGAGGGGGGUUAAUUUUUUUUUUUAAAAAAAUUUAUAUAUAAAUUUUAUAAAAAAUAUUUUUUUCGAAAUUUAAAAAAAUCCUAAUUUGCAAAAAUUGGGAAGCAAAUAUUAAUUUAAUUUGCAAAAUUUAUGUUUUAAAAACGCAAUUUGUUUAAAAUUAAACAGAAUUAGCUCUAGAUUUCAUUAUACUAAUUAUCACUUAUAUAUCAAAAUUUUUUCCAUUAAAAAUUUUUUCUAUUAAAAAAAUUUUUGUUCACUCACGGAGGGUGGGUUUUUGGUCAAAAAAUGGCGAUUUUUCUAAUGGUUUUGUUCGCUCACGGAGGGGGGGGGGGAGUUAGGAAGAUAUCUUAUCCGAGCCUUAGCAGGAGAAUAUUCUGAAAUACGUCUUGCUGAUAUGUACCCUUACCGCAAAUCAGUUUAUGCUCUGCAAGAAGAAAUUGGUGACAAGAUAACAAAACAUCCACUUCAUUAUUCAUUAAAUCUCCGUCAGUGCAUUGAAGGCUCUAAAGAUGUAAUUGUGGUCACUCAUGACUAUUUUAAAUUAGCUUUUGGGAAAAACUUUUAUCUUGAAAAAGCUGCAGGUUAUGCAAAAAAUGCAGGAAUCAAAAAAUUCAUAUGGGUUGGGCCUCAUGAACUUGACCAAUUAAAUGAUCUUGAUGGCAAUCCAGAAGCUUUGAUUCAAGAAACUAUUAAUAAGGUUAGACUGCUGAUACCUGAAUUUUCUAUUUUGAGAACCAAUUUAAUAUUUGGAGAGAACUGCACAUCCUUAGUGAUUCAUAAAGCGCUUGAAUCACUAGCUAACUCACAGACAAUUGUGACAGCAAAAGAAGGAUCCAGCAAAUUCCAGCCAGUUCAUGAAGCUGAUGUGCUGAAAGCAUUUAAAGAACUUAAAGCAGGAGAAGCUGCAGAAUUGGCAGGACCUGAAGUAAUGACCUGGAAAGAAAUUGUUGAAACACUAACUCCCCCCCCCCCUCCGUGAGCGAACAAAACCAUUAGAAAAAUCGCCAUUUUUUGACCAAAAAAACCCACCCUCCGUGAGUGAACAAAAAUUUUUUUUAAUAGAAAAAAUUUUAAUGGAAAAAAAUUUUGAUAUAUAAGUGAUAAUUAGUAUAAUGAAAUCUAGAGCUAAUUCUGUUUAAUUUUAAACAAAUUGCGUUUUAAAACAUAAAUUUUGCAAAUUAAAUUAAUAUUUGCUUCCCAAUUUUUGCAAAUUAGGGAUUUUUUUAAAUUUCGAAAAAAAAUUUUUUAUAAAAAUUUAUAUAUAAAUUUUUUUUUAAAAAAAAAUUAAACCCCCCUCCGUGAGCGAACAAAAUUUUUUUGUUCGCUCACGGAGGGGGGGGAGUAAGUAAAUAUGCAAAUGUAAAUGAGCCAUCACAUGAAGGGUUUGGGCAUAGAAUGUCAAGCUAUUUAGGGUCUUGCAGCAAAUUUGGGGACUUAAUUUACCCUAGUCAUUAUGUUCAACUUUACAAACUUUUGUCUGGAGAUUUAUUGCCGACUCCGACUAAGACUGGAACAACGAAGUUAUCAGAUGUGUAUGGUCCUUCAAAAUUCAAAGGAAUUCCUACUUUAGAUUGGCAUAGAGUUAUAUUGGAUUAG